CACAAUCACUUCAAUUGCAGCUGGGGCCUACUGUGACUCCGGUUUGGGACCGUUUCAAAGUUUCUCGUCAAGCUGAAGGGAUCCAAGACGUCGGACCAGAUGGCGUCGCCUCAGACACGACGUCGUUUAAACCUCAUCCGCUCUCAAGACAACAAUCAUAAAUGUUUCGAGUGCGACACUUCGAACCCUCAAUGGGUGUCGGUGACGUACGGGAUCUGGAUCUGCCUAGAGUGCUCGGGCGUGCACCGAAGCCUCGGCGUGCACAUCUCGUUCGUCCGUUCCGUGACGAUGGACAAAUGGAAGGAGAACGAGAUUGAAAAGAUGCAAGUGGGGGGCAACGCUCGUCUCAAGGAGUGGUUCGACAGCCAGCCGGACGUCACGCCGGGGAUGACCAUCGUCCAGAAAUACAACACGAAAGCUGCUGCCAUGUACCGCCAGAAGAUCACCGCGCUCUCUGAAGGGCGAGAUUGGAGCCCCUCGGACUACCAGCCGGACCGGCCGGCGCCCAAGCCUCAGUCCUACGCCUCCUCCAAGGAUUCCUACUCCAACGGCCAGGAGUUCCACAACAGCGGGUCGGACAACAACAUCAGCUACCAUAGCGAGUACGGAAGCGGUCGCUACACCGGCUUCGGCAACCAGCAGCAGACGCGCUCAACCCCCAUGUCCCCCACACACACCGGCAACGAGGUGGUGGACAACAGCCUGGCGGCGCUGGCCUCGGGCUGGUCGCUGUUCGCAUCGACGGUGUCCAAGUGCGCGCGCACGGCCACCGAGUCCGCCGUGCGGUACGGCGGGCUCGCGUCGCAGCGCGUCUCCGAGAUGGCCACCACCGUCACUGAGAAGGUGAACAACCGCGGCGGCUGGAGCUCCCUGGGCGGCGCGACGGACGCGCGGCGCGGCUCGGCGCACGGCUCCCAGCUCUACCAGGCGCAGUCCUACGGCGCCAUGCGCGGCUCCGCCUCCGAACCCUACUCGCAGUGGAACGAGCAAGUGCAGCCAUCAGUGGCGGCGCGCAACAACCUGGACGCUCGGGACCUGUCGCAGGUCGGCGUGGCCAGCCCGCCGCCCGACGUCAAGGAGCUCAAGAUACGCAAGCAGGAGGACAGCUGGGACUGGCUCAACAACUAGACACAAGGACAAACACCGACGGAACCAGAUAACUAACUAUUGUAUCGUGAGAUUAGUUAAUCCCCUCUCACCGUACCGCGCUAGGCCGCAUGUUUAAUAGUGCCCCCAUAGUACCGUCCCUCGCUGUCACCCCACGACACGGCGCCCUACGGCGGCGAGCCAUGGAACUACCCGUAACAAGGAUGAUUUAUAAAGGAUUGACAGUCUUCAUACUAAGAAUCGUACCUUCAUUUGUUAGCGCCACCUAUUCAAUACUAUCAUAACUACACUGAUGAGGCUUACAAAUUAUUAUUUUUGUCAAAUUUUGCAUUGACUAGAUAUCAUGGUAUUAAAAUAAAGAAAUGUGUCAUUUGUUCUUAAAUAAAUUAAAAACACGCAAAAAUAUUGGUGAAAAUUUGAUUUUUGCCACUUCCAAGCUGCGGAACAGCGCCAUCUAGUUGUAUCCAUAAAUUGUUGGCCAUUUCAGGGGUAUACUUUUUUGUAUGACUAUGUCAGUGGUAUAUAUCGUCCUUGCCCGUAAUAGAUUAACUAAAAUCGAAAAUUUCAUGGUGUAUUUAAUAACCCUUUUUGAAGAAAUCUGUCCGUUCGUUUAUGGUGCAUGCUUUCAAAUGUUGAUGUUUAUAGCGGUUAAUAAAAGAUAUAUAUUAUAUGUUUUCUCGUAAUCGUAAUGAUGUGAUAAAUUUAUGACUUCACAUUAUGUUCAUGAUAAAACUUGAAAAUGUUAAAAUAUAUAUAUUUAAAUUUGAUUUUAAAGUUAUAUCCAUUUUUAAAGCUUUCUUUGAGCAACAUAGAAAAAAAUAUAAUAAAGAAUCUUCAUAAUAUUAGGUUGUUACAUUACUUAGUCUCUUUGUAUAAUUUUAUUUUUUUACGUGUCUACGAAUGAGCUUUUACGUAAUAGUAUAUAUGAUAAAAUAUAAAUGUUAAACUGCGUCUUAGGCGCGCUUCAAUGUGCGACCACUCCGCUGCUUAAAAAACAGCGACGGUACGGAAUCGCAGUGUCGCAUCGUAUCCGUACCGUUUUUAUCGCAUGCUCGCCACACCGCUGCUCAAUAAAUGGCGACGGUACAGAAACGCACGACGUACCCCAUACGAAAGUCACUGUGUUUCCGUACCGUCUGCGUAUUUUGAGCAGCGGUGUGGGGAGCAUGCGGUAAAAACGGUGCGGAUACGAUGCGUCACUGCGAUUGCGUACCGUCACCGUUUUUUAAGCAGCGGUGUGGUAACACCUUAUACGGUUAGUUUUGCAACAUAUAUGUACAUGUAAUAAAUAAUAGCCAGCAGUCAUAUUGGGAGUCCUUGUCUCUAAUCUUAAGACUUUUCUACGGUUCGCCAGUACGAGGAAUGAACAGGGUCGGUUGCUCCAAACCGUCUACGUUUUUUUUGUAUGAAAAUUUCCAUAAUUAGUAUGGGGAUUUCCGUAAUUAGUAUGGGAAUUUCCAUAAUUUGUAUGGGGAUUUCCGUAAUUAGUAUGGGAAUAUCCAUAAUUUGUACGGGGAUUUCCGUAAUUAGUAUGGGAAUUUCCAUAAAACCUGCUGUGUGACAGUCCUCGUACAUUCCAUUUGUCUUGAGAGUUCCUUAAACUAGGUUUCUAUUAAACUCUUAUUUUGGUGUGAGCAUUUAAAGCACGACUGUAUUCCAUUAUUGUUAUGAAAUUAUUAAAUAAAUCUUUAAAUAAGAAUAAUACAAGAUGAAAUAAAAAGGACCAUACUUAAUUUGCACAGUGACUUUUGUGGACAUAAAGAACAACUUUUUUUAUGGGACAGUGCUGAAAUCGCGAACAAAAGCCCUGCCUGAGUCUGUGUUUCCGCAUGAGUACAAUCCGUCUCUUUAAAGUAAGAGUAAAUACUUAGGUAUCUCAUAGGUAAGCGUGAUCCGCCGUAGACCGCAUCAUCACUUACCAUCAGGUGUGAUCGUGGUCAAACGUCUACCUAUUCAUACUAAAAAAAAAGCUUGUCUGUUUGUAUUCAAAUGAGAGUGACUUCAGCAUUGUUCUCACAGUAAAAGUUGUUCAUUAUGACCUCAAAUACAAAGUACGGUUGGUACUUUUUAUUUCACUUGUAUUUUUUGUGGUGGCAUCGCUAAAAUUUAACGUUGAUAAGUGAUAACUUUCAACGUAACGUAUGAAUCAAAUGUGAAUAAUUUUGAUUAUAUGUAUAAUAGUGAGUUUAUUAUGUAUGUAUUGUAUAUAAUUAGGCUUGUCAUCACCGAGCGCGAAGCAUUCGUAAAUCCAAAAGACAAUCAUGUAACCGUGUCUCUGAGCGUUUUCACAUUAUCCGAUCCGAUAUCGGGUGUAUGAAGGCAAAAAUCAAAGAUGGAGUCUAUUAUUAUUAUAUGUAUGUAUAGGAUUUCGGUCCUACAUCCGAUAUCGGAUCAGAUAAUUUGAAAACUGUUUUACGAAAAUUUAGAAAAAUGAUGUCCGCUGCUCGGGUACAUAGGUCGGUGACUUCCGGGCGGCGGCGUGUUAGCAAAUUUUUAAUUUAAUUUAACUUAUAUCAAUAUUUGGUUGGUACAUAUGAUUACAACUCUUUCUUAUUAUAAGUAUAAACAUAAAUUAAUUUUCGUCGUUGGAUUUCACAGUGUUUUUUUGUUUAUACUUGUAAUCUCUUAAUAAAUUAAUUAAUAAAAUUAUAAAAAUAGCCAUUUAUUUACGCUCUACGGCAAUUAUUGUAUAUGUAAACAAUUGUAUUUUAAUUUAAACAUAGUUAGGCAUAAUAAAAAAAAACUUUGUAUUAAGAGUUAUUAUGUAUUAUAAUUUAGUAAAAAUAAUUUUUCAAAUUUAAACGAAAAUAUUGUUUGACUGUAUAUACUUCUGGUGUUAUUUUGUUUGAAAAGUCCGGCCUAUAAUCUACUACCUGCAUAGGCACAGUUAUACAGUAUCGUUAAAACAAACGAGAUCGGUCUAAUCUUGGCACUAAAAAAUAGUGAGGAAUUCUAAUUUUCUAUGGGAAUGAUUGCACCCCUAUUUUCAGUCAUUUUUUUUAGUGAUUAAGCUAGUGUGUGAUUCCGCCAAUGCCAAGGUUUAGGGGGACACGCGUUUCAUGAAGACAAUUGGAAUAUUUUUCAAGUUUGCCGCAUUUUUUGUGCCAAGAUUUUGUUGACCGUCUGAUAAUGAAUAUUAUUGAUAAUAAAAUAAAACUAAAUUAACAACAUUUUUGAAAAUUAAAACGAUAUCAUUUACGUGUUUAAUUUUAUGUUAAGAUGAACUUAUGUACAAAGUAUUUAUUUGUAUAAUUGAUAUAUUGAUCAUAACAUAAUAAAGGUGAAGUGAGAAGGUAUGGAAUCAGUGUUAAAUGCUUUAAUACGGCUGUCAAUUCUGCUUCGUACCCGUGUAUUACUAGAAAUCAUUGAGUUUAGUAAACGCCGAGAAAUACUAAUAUUUAUAACAGGAUGUGAAAAAAUGUUUCCUUCGUAUUCUUACGGAAACGUACGAACGUGUCGUGUCAUUUCAGUCAGUCUCAGUACAAGAUGUACUGACGUUGACUGAACUAGCAUGACAAACACGAACGUUUCCGGAAAAAUACGAAGGAAAAGCUUUUCGCACUACAUCUGGUACAUGUAUUGACAUUUACAGAUUUUUUCUUGCUUUCUUUUUAUUUAAUUUACACAAGAAUUUCAAUCCGCUAGUUUGGAAGGUCAGAAGUCAGUCGCUUUAGUAAAAACUAUUCCUAUGCCAAUUCUUGUGAUUCACCACAAAUUGUAUGAAAAAUGUCUAUUUUUCAAUAUAUUUCUGGUAAUACAUGUUUACAAUUACUAUGCCUUCGUCUCAGUCUAUUAAUACAGCUAAUAGUGUAAUGAAAUACUUGUAUCAGUGUCCGAUAAGAUGUUAAUGUAGCCAUGAUUCAAUAAAAUAGUUUGUGAAA